GUACAUCUACUAGAAAGAGCAAGAAUGGAGGAAAUUGCUCUCAAGCUUAGUGCGGAUGGUGUUCAGAAAAGAGUGAUCUCUGCUGGAAAGGGUGAACUUUCGUCGUUUCUCGAUGGCACAAAGGUCAGGUUUCAUUACCGCACCAGCCUGUGUGAUGGCACGUUGCUGGAUGACUCCAGGACCAUGGGGGAGAGGAGUAAACCCAUGGAGCUGAUUCUUGGAAAGAAGUUCAAACUUCCAGUGUGGGAGCGAGUGGUCACUACCAUGAGAGUAGGGGAGAUGGCAGAAUUCACCUGUGAUGUGAAGCACACAGCCCUGUACCCACUGGUGUCCCAGUCCCUACGCAACAUCAGUGUUGGGAAAGACCCCCUGGAGGGCCAGAGGCACUGCUGUGGAAUCGCCCAGGUCCAUAGCCACCACUCACUGGGCCAUGCAGACUUGGACCAUCUGCAGGCCAACCCACAGCCUCUGGUUUUCACCAUUGAGCUCUUGGAGGUCUUGCCUCCAGGCUCCUUCGCCCUAGAGACCUGGGCCAUGACGGAUGAGGAGAAACUGGAGGCCGUGCCUCACAUCCACGAGGAGGGCAACACACUUUUCAAGAAGGGCGAAAUCCAGGCAGCCUCAGAGAAAUACUACAAUGCCAUCGCUUGUCUGAAGAACCUGCAGAUGAAGGAGCAGCCUGGUGAUGUGGCGUGGAUUAAACUGGAUCAGAUGAUCACACCGCUUCUGUUGAACUUCUGCCAGUGUAAACUGAUGCUGGGCCAGUACUACGAGGUGCUGGAGCACUGCUCCUCUCUCAUCAACAAGUACGAAGAUAACGUGAAGGCGUACUUCAAGCGUGGGAAGGCUCACGCAGCCGUGUGGAACGAGAAGGAGGCCAGGACGGACUUUACCAAGGUGCUCCAGCUGGAUCCCUCGCUGGGACCCGCCGUGGCCAAGGAGAUCCGGGCGAUGGAGGAACGGAUCCGGAUGAAGGAGAAAGAGGAGAAGGGGCGUUACAGGAACCUCUUCACCCACCCCAGUGGCACCGCAACCCCAGCUGGCAUGAGCUGAAACCAAAAAGGACCUCCAUUUCUUGUCGUUCACGAGGAGAAAUUCCUUCAGAUUGGAGCAUGUUUUCCCUCCCCUUCACCAUUCCAGCAAACCCAACACACACACUGUCCUAUUAUCUCUGCUCCAACAACCCCUCCCCCCCUGAGAACUAUUAUGCUUAGAAUUAUCACAUGCACAAUAUUAUAUGUCUGAAAUAUGCUCAGAAAUUAUCAUCAGGAUUACAAGGCUCUCCUAACAAAUUCAAGUUUGAGAGGGCACAGUUUAAUGUGGAGUGGCACUCCUCCGGCGGUCAGUACCAUAACGGAGCAAGAUGGUGCCAGACAAUCAACACAACACUCCCCAAGGGGACCUGGAGCAAGAUGGAGGAUCUGAGAGUUGUAACCUGGUAGACGUCAUCAGAUUGAUUUAACCCCAGUCAUCACGCAGAGAUGGGUGGAGCUGAUGUCCAGAAGUCACUGCCCAAACGCCAUGAUUCUGUUGACAGUGGGCAUGAGGCCCAGCCUCCUGACAGACAUGAUAAAAGUAGGUUGCCAUCAGCCCCCCCACCCCUUUCCCACCUGUGCCACUCUUGGAUAAUGCCUGUUGUAUUGGAUGCUUUUUUUUUAAAAAUCUAUAUAUUUACACAUAUAUUUUGCUUAUUAUUGUCCUUAAUGUCAAGUAUAGUCAUUCUAUGUAUGUUUGUGCACAUUGUUUGAGAGGGUUGGUCAGUUAAUGAACUGUGACACCCACAAUUUCAUAUUGAAAUGUUCACACACUUGGUCACAGACAGGCCUGUGUGUGUGAGAGAGAGACAGGGCAAAUAUGUAUUGCCAAGGUGAUGUUCCUAUCGAAACAACAAUUUUACAUGUACAUGCUUAUGCAACGAGUGACCAUCUGUUGAGUAAAACAGUAAGUAAAAAGUUCA